AUGGCUGACCUCGAGACGGGCGAGAUCUCCGAGAAAGCACUCGUCAAUGAUUCUUCCAGCACCAGUCUCGGGCACACCUCUCUCGAUGAGACCGACCCUGAUGUUGGGAAGAGCGAAGCGCAGAGGAACGCCUUGGACAGAAAACUGAUGCGAAAGGUUGAUCUCUGGCUCAUACCGUGGCUGUGCUUGGUCUAUCUCCUAUGCUUCCUCGAUCGAACGAAUAUCGGCAAUGCGCGCCUGGCCGGGAUGGAAGAGGACCUCGAUAUGCACGGUGCAUUCACUGAACGAAACGCAGGUCACGAUUAUAACCUUGCCCUCACCAUCUUCUUCAUCUCGUAUGCAGGCGCCGAGCCGUUCACGAAUCUGGUUAUGAAGAGGAUUUCACCGAGAGUAUUCUUCACGAUUGUCACUUUGACUUGGGGACUCUGCAUGAUGUGCAUGGGUCUUGUACACAACUUCAGUGGCUUACUAGCAGCACGAUUCUUCCUCGGGAUCACCGAAGCUGGACUCUUCCCGGGAGUGAACUACUAUCUAUCAUGCUGGUAUAAGCGAGACGAACUUGGCUUUCGCCUGUCAAUUUUCUUCGCUAAUGCCGCACUGGCCGGAUCCUUCGGUGGGCUCCUCGCCGCUGCCAUUGCCAAUAUGGACGGACUGGGCGGCAAGGCUGGAUGGGCAUGGAUCUUCAUCAUUGAGGGACUUGCAACUAUGAUUAUUGGAGCUUUCUGCUGGUGGAUGUGUCACAAUUGGCCCGAGACUGCUCGAUUUCUUACGCCAGAAGAGAAGCUUCGAUUACGCUACAGAUUGACCAAAGACAAUCUUUCGAAUACUGCCGACGAAUACGAUAAGCGACAUGUAAAGGCUGCCCUCAAAGAUUGGAAAUGCUGGGCGUUUUGCGUCACGGAAAUGGGAAAUUUCAUGCCGCUCUAUGCCUUUAGUUUAUUUCUGCCUACUAUCGUCGCUGCCAUGGGCCACAAAGGAACUCACGCACAGCUCAUGACCGUACCUCCUUAUGCAGUUGCUGCAGCACUCACUGUGGCGAUCGGCUACAUCGCCGAUCGAACACGACAACGUGGCAUAUGCAACAUGAUAAUCUCAAGCAUCGGCAUCGUCGGUUUCAUUAUGCUCCUAACCAGCAAUAACCCUCAAAUCCAAUACACAGGCACAUUCCUAGGCGCCAUGGGCAUCUACCCAACCAUUCCCAACAACCUAUGCUGGGCAGCGAACAACGUCGAAGGCGGCUACAAACGCGGAGUCCUCCUAGGCGUCGUCGUUGGCUGGGGAAAUUUAAAUGGCAUCGUGUCUUCCAACAUCUACCUCAAAUCCGAAAAGCCGCGUUACUGGUCUGGUCAUGGUGUUGUAUUGGCGUAUAUGGUUUUUUGUCUUUUUGGUGGGACUGUUUUCAUUCGGACUAUGCUUGCGAUUGAGAAUCAGAAGCGUAGAGCGGGCAAGAGAGAUUAUUUGCUGGAUGGAUUGACUGCGGAACAGAUUUUGGUUGCUGGGGAUCGGAGGCCGGGGUUUUUGUAUACUCUUUAG